GCCUUCUCUCCGCCUGUAGAGCUCUCCGUCAGCCUCCUUGCGGUGAUAGUUAUUGUGUGUGGACUGGCCCUGGUGGCAGUUUUUCUGUUUCUCUUUUGGAAGCUGUGCUGGGUUCCCUGGAGGAACAAGGCCAUUUCUUCUAACCUGGCCGUCUUGCAGAGCGAGGCAGACUGCACCAAGGAGAACAUGGCAGACAAGCUCAAGGAUGCGGGUGCCUUAAGUUUCCUGGAGGCAGCAGUGAAGAUCAGCCACACGUCGCCAGACAUCCCUGCAGAGGUCCAGAUGUCCAUGAAGGACCACAUCAUGCGGCGCACGCGGAUCCAGAGGCAAACGACGGAGCCUGCGUCUUCCACCAGGCACAUCUCCUUCAAAAGGCACCUUCCUCGGCAAAUGCACGUGUCCAGCAUGGACUACGGCAUGGACCCGCCAGCUGUGGCUGAGCCGCCGACCAGCAUCGGCCGCAUUAAGCCCGAACUCUAUAAGCAAAAGUCUGUUGACUCUGAGGACCCCAAAAAAGAGGCAGCAAAGACCUGUGGGAAAAUUAACUUCACUCUCAAGUACGACUAUGAGAAUGAGACACUGACCGUCCGAAUUCUCAGGGCUUUUGACUUGCCAGCCAAAGACUUCUGCGGCAGCUCGGAUCCCUACGUGAAGAUCUACCUCCUCCCCGACAGAAAGCGCAAGUUCCAGACACGAGUCCACAGGAAGACUCUGAACCCCACCUUCGACGAGUCCUUCCACUUCCCCGUGCCCCACGAGGAGCUGGCGAGCAGGAAGCUCCACCUGAGCGUCUUUGACUUCGACAGGUUCUCCCGGCACGACAUGAUAGGAGAAGUUAUCCUGGAAAACCUGUUUGAGGCCUCAGACCUUUCCCGGGAGACUUCCAUCUGGAAGGACAUUCAGUACGCAACCGCGGAAAGCGUGGACCUGGGGGAGAUCAUGUUUUCCCUUUGUUAUUUGCCAACUGCAGGUCGCCUCACCUUAACAGUCAUUAAGUGCAGGAAUCUCAAAGCUAUGGACAUCACCGGGUACUCAGAUCCGUACGUCAAAGUGUCUUUGCUCUGUGAUGGGCGAAGAUUGAAAAAGAAAAAAACCACCAUAAAGAAAAACACUCUUAAUCCCACUUACAAUGAAGCAAUAAUCUUUGACAUUCCCCCAGAGAACAUGGAUCAAGUCAGUCUGCUUAUCUCCGUCAUGGAUUAUGACCGAGUGGGUCACAACGAGAUUAUCGGGAUUUGCCGUGUGGGGGUCAAUGCUGAGGGACUGGGCAGAGACCACUGGAACGAGAUGCUGGCUUACCCACGCAAGCCCAUCGCGCACUGGCAUCCAUUAGUGGAGGUGAAGAAGUCUUUCAAAGAGUGGCACGGCCGGGCAGCGAGCUUUGACAGCCAGGGCUCCUGUCCCUCUCCUAAACCACCACCCACACCGUGAUCCAGGAGCAGCGAGUAAAGGGGACUGAAGCAGGUUAUGGUUGCACCUGGCCACCAGCCUCAGUGAGUUGCUGCUGAGCGGCAGUCGCAGCAGCGAGACUUUC